UUCCUCGUCGUUUUUUUCAUUUAAUUCACUGCCUUUUGUGUCAGUCAGUCAUAACCCGCAAAGGGGUUUAGGUUGGCAGACGGAGGGCAAGUGCUUCCUGAUAAUAAAGAGGUGCGUCUUAUUUCCAUUCCAGUGAUUGACUGCGCACGGCUUUCACCGGCGGAGCUGGGGGCAUUGACGCAUUGUGGAGUCGACAAGGGGGGUUAGUAGCAGCAGCAGCUCUGCAAAACCACACCGGCUUUGCAUUACACGACAGGAACCGCGAUGGCCGUGGUGCAGCUCGACACGGACGACCAUCAACCGGAGAACGGCUUCGUGUCCCCAGAAACCACGUCGGCCAACCUGCUGACACGCAUCGACGGCUCCGUGCUGCCGUUUCUCGGGGGAUUCGGGAAGUACCAGAAACAGCUGAUCGUGCUGACAUGGAUCCCGGCGUUAUUCAUCGGAUUCAGCCAGUACUCGGACAAUUUCCUCCUGGCCCAGCCGAACAACACCUGCAUCCAGCCUCUGGCAAACCUGACUAAUCAGACUGCUCCUGCUGCGAGCCAUUCCUCGCUGUUAAACGGUCCCCAAAACAGCAGCAGCAGCAGCGGAGGCGCACGAUCAGCUUACAAUGGAAGUUCCACCGGCAACAGCCACAAUGACACCAGCAGGAACUACAUGCAGUGUCAGUGCAAAGAGUGGACAUUUGAGCUGCACUCAGGACUUGUGCAGAACGUGGUUACCAAGUGGAGUCUGGUGUGUGACUCAGCAUGGAAAGUCCACAUCGCCAAGUUUUCUCUGUUGGUGGGAUCCAUCUUUGGAUACCUGACGUUUGGGAUCCUUGCUGACUGGUUUGGCCGCCACCCGGUGCUGAUCAUAUCGGUGCUAUUCAUGCUGGUGUUUGGUCUGACUGUGGCCUUCUCGGUCAACGUCCCCAUGUUCAGCACCCUGCGCUUCUUUGAGGGCUUCUGCCUGGCGGGGAUAACCCUUUCUCUCUACGUCCUCAGGAUUGAGCUGUGCCUGCCAGGAUGGCGUUUUUCCAUGACCAUGGUGGCCAGUUUUGUGGUGUUGGGUGGUCAGCUGCUGAUGCCCGGCGUGGCAUACCUCUGUCGCGACUGGCAGGUUCUCCAAGCCGUCAUCAUCUGCCCCCUCCUGCUGAUGCUGUCGUACAUCUGGAUCUUCCCUGAGUCACUGCGUUGGCUGCUGGCCACUCAGCAGUACUGCCGCUCCAAGUGGAUCAUGGGACACAUAGCAAAGAAAAACCGAGUGAACAUGGAGCUCGACACCGAUAACAUCCUCACAGAACUGCAGAGAGCUCUUCAAAAGAAAUCCAAGAAGACGUGUAUUGUGAAAAUGGUCGGGACGAGAAACCUGUGGAAGAACAUUGUGGUGCUCUGCGUCAACUCGCUGACAGGCUAUGGGAUCCACCACUGCUUUGCCCGCAGCAUGAUGGACCCUGAAGCUCAGGAGACGACCAUGUUCCACAACUUCUAUGCAGAUUAUUACACCAUGGCAGGCAUUGCGGUGGCUUCCUGCUUGGCGCUGUGCCCGGCGGUGGGCCUGAUGGGCCGGCGGGGCGGCCUUCUCAUGUUUAUGAUCAUCACUGCCCUGGCGUCACUGCUGCAGCUCGGCCUGCUCAAUUUGCUGGGGAAGUACAGUGACCAUCUGCAUAUAGAUUACACAAGUAAGCUGAAUAAGAACUUCUCCAUGGCCUUCUCCAUCAUCGGCAUGUUCUCCUCCCACGCAGUCAGCAACCUGAGCAUCUUCUUCUGUGCUGAGAUCACACCCACUGUGAUCAGGGGUGGGGGGCUGGGCCUGGUCCUAGCCAGCGCCGGCUUCGGCAUGCUGACUGCGCCCAUCAUGGAGCUCCACAAUCAGAAGGGCUACUUUCUUCACCACAUUAUCUUUGCCUGCUGCACUCUCAUCUGCAUCAUCUGCAUUCUCCUGCUGCCAGAGACGCGCUACCAACCCCUCCCCGAGACCCUGGCCGACGGCGAGUGCUACACCCGUCAACCUCUCCUCCCCCCGAGGAAACCUGGAGAGCAGCGCCUCUUGCUGGCUCAAUCCGAGAGCAGCAGGGACUACACCAGGGUGCACGACACGCCGCUCCACGAAGCGGCCGCCACCGCGAUGUCCGCCAUGGACUCCACUGCCUCUUCGGCUGUCGAUUUGACCGCUCCGUCGGUCGGAGAUAUGUCCGCUCCCACGUUCAUGGAGGUGCACCCCGGCAAGCCUGAUCCUAAAGACCCCAACGGUCACUCUUUAUCCACAACCCCCAUCACAACCCUGGGUAAAGACGGCGCCAUACACGCCAGUAAAGAGCACCUGCUGUCUUCCACUCCUUUACACAAACUCCCAGGCAUCACCGACCCACUUUUAACCGACGCCCAAGAACUUCAAGAAAUAGUCCUGGAUUCUGUCGACCCACUGACGGGUUCUGCCGUUCCUGCAAUGAAUGACGUCGGUCCUUCCCCCACAGAAGAGUCAGCCGCUACCCCUUCCCCUUCAUUAGACCGUUCCACUCCCCCCGUCCCUCAAACCGUGCCUGCCUCCUUAUUGAUCUGCACCACACCCAUCAUCGAACCCCCGCCUAGCUCCACGUUAGAAUCCCCCAACCCGUUGGAAAACGAGACCGAAUGUAAUACUCCGAAAUUCGACCCGCCUUUGCUAGAGGCCAUUCAGAACCCUUUAGCGGACUCCCCUACUCCAUCUGCGCAUGACAGCCUCCCUCCAUCCCCUACUCCCUCUCCUGUUCCGAUAACCGAUGGCAACAUUUCCACUGACCUUCCACCCUCCAUUAGCGCACACUCUGACAUUCCCAUCAAGUUAGAAAUAGUAGACGAAUCUACAUCUACUCCUUCCCCUAGAGACUCCCCUAUACCUCCGUUCAUAGACCCCCAACCGUCACAGUUAGACCCUACCACUCCCUGUGUCAAUGAUAUACCUCCCCGUUCCCCUAUUCCCCCUAGCCCCGUCGUUGUUUCCCCUCCACCCAUUGACUCAGGCAAUACGCCCUCAGCGGCCUCCUCCACUCCCCCCGUCCCAGAUACUGUCAACACCCCACAGAUUCCUACCAUUCUCCCCGUCACAGACAUUGUGCACACCUCCACUCCAGAAUCUCCCACUCUGACUGUUCAGCCCACGCAGGAUUCAGCUGCUUCCCUCGCCGUAGAUUCAGCGCCAACUUCCACCACGGAUUCAGGCUCUACAGAAGCAACUCCCUCCUCUCUAGUGGACUGCACCGUCUCCUCCCCCAUAGACUCUGGCGUUCUCUCCAUCAGGGACAGCGCCAGCACAGAAAACAACACUGUCAACGGCGCGGCGUCGUUAUGAUCCAGUGUUGCAGCCAGGAGAAGAAGCUUUACAGGUGCACGAGGAAGCAGCCCACCACGCCACAUGAAUGACCGAGAAGGGAGUUGAGGAGGGGGGGUACGAACUCAGUCUUCAGGCACUGACUGAAGAUUGUCCCCACCUGGAGUUGUCUUACAGAGAUGCUGUAUGGUUCUCAAUGUCCCCCACCCCUUCCUGCAUUUAGCCAAUAAAUGAGACCACGCAAGUGAGAGAGUGCCAGAGGCUGGUUUGUGACAAUGUGACAGUAUCUUCUGCUCCUUUUUGAAUGUCACUGGAAAUCACCAGCCUUUAAACUACUUUGAUGUAAAUGAAUGGGAAAUCACUGUCUGUCAUUUUAAAGAGACUUGCAACUAAACCCCACAAUCACUGAGAGGACUGGUGAGAAAUACUAUGAUGCUAAAAACAAACAAAAAAAAUCAAAUCACUGGUACUUUUUGCUCAAAUGAAAUGUCCGUCUAACAUAUUUGUAUAAAAAUAUCGCCUUACCUGUAUGGACAAGAAGAAUCUGAAUGUUACAACACCGUUUUUUUGCCGUUACAGAGGUAAACAAUCCAAAUUGGAGUGAUUUUUUUCUAAAUAAAACGCCAAAAACUACUCUGACCAAAAUUAAAUGUAGACAUAGUGCCAAAAAUUAGUAUAAAUACAGUAUUUGCCUGUUUGGGGGAAAUACUGUUUAGUGCAGUCCCCCUGCCAUAGACUGUAUGUGGAUUAAAGUGAAUCGGAUGAACCCUUUUCCAAAGUUCAUAUAUACAAAAGAAGUAAAUUGUUCAUCAAAUUAAUUAAAGACUGAAAGCUACAACACCAUUUGAUAAAUUAGAACUGAGAGAUGAGAUUGAGAUCGCGAAAACAGCUUUCAUCAACACGUGGUUCAUCGUGUGAACAGCGAUAUUGGAGAAAAGAAUGACCCAUAUUUUGUCGGUCUGAAGAAACUUUUAUUUUUCCAAUCGUUUCAGUCAAUGGAAUUUAUGGUAUGCAAACGCUUUUAUUUGUAAAUGUGAUAUUGUAAGUAAAUGCAUAAUUAGUUGUUGAGCUUGAUUCAGUCUUCUUUUUUAAAAAAUUCAAAGUAUUAUUUUGAAUAAUCUCCCAUGGCGUGCCCUUAUUGUACAAAGCUAUACUACAUUAUUACAGUAUUUGUGGCACCUCAGUGUGGCGCCACCUUAUUCUUUGCAGUUGGGACAAAGCAUGAAAAUAAUUGUGAACGUGUCAGCGAAACAAACCUUAAAAGCAAACCUUAAAAAGACACAAAAGCUAUUUUUGAAAUGAACCAAUGGAUGACAAAAAUGUUCAACGUGAUUUCCGACUGUCACAGCAUCCCUAACCCUUCAGUGUGUUUUCCAAAUCAUGUUCCGGCAUUAACAUAGUUCAUGUAUGUCAAUGUGUUCAUACAUUCACAUGCACAACUAAGUUUACCUUUAAAAAAAAACGCAAUAGGAUUCAAUGCAAUUCAAAAAAGACAUUUUAAAACACAGGUCAAAUCUUUAUUUACAGGUAGAUUAACCUAUUCAUAAUCUUCUUAAAUUGACAAACUCUUGCUUAAGGAGGCACUUUCUCUUCCAAAGUCUGUGUCCAUCUGUGGACAGCGUUCUACUUGACUUGUGUGUAACUUGACAGUUUGUAGUUACACACUUCAUGCUUUGGAGGUUGUAAUAUUUGUUGGAGAAAGAUGUAUGAUAACGGAUAGACUACUGUUUACAACAAUAAUAAUGAUAAAUAAUAAUAAUAAUUACACUUUAUUGUGAAACUUAAGAGCCAACUGAAUGAUGUCUUGUCAUUUCAAAUGUGAUAAAACUCUCUCACGGUAUGUCAUAUUACAUUGAUCCAGGGAGUAUUGGUGAUCUAUUAAGGUGUCAUUCAGGUGUCAAAGACAACACCAGACUUGUGUUAUUCAUCUUGUGGUACACGUAUGAAGAACCUUACAGGUACUUUACUCAUCUAAGUCUAAUGUGCACUGACAAAGGCGCUACAUAUCUUUAGGGAUCUGAAUGAUUGAGCAAACCAGCUUGUGUUUUUUUUUUCUCCUCAGAUGCAGCUUGAAUCAAAGUAUGAAAGCUCCUUUUUUUCUGAUUGAUUCAUUGAUCUUUUAAUAGAUCACCAAGUCAGCAAACUUCCAAGAUUCAUAUGAACAUGUAAUGUCUAACAUGCCAUGCUGCUAAGCCUCAAAGCACAAUGCCCUGCAAUCAUGUGAUGUCAAAUUCGGUGGAGCGUCUUGAUAGGAAAAAAAAAAAAAAAAAAGGGAAAAUGGAGUGGGGUUUUGAAAUUACUAGUAACACAUUCACUUUUGCAAUAGACCCAAAUGUAAUUACCGUGUGGAAGAGGGUGUUGACACUGGAUUUACUAAGGAAUUCUUGGCAUCUGCAGUAAAAAGUGAGUUGACUGCAGUGGUCAGUGGCUUCACAUUACUCUGAGUCGUCGUUGUCUGUGAUUGUUGGUCUCUCUGUCUCAGUGUGCGUAUUGCAGAAAUUGAACUGUCUAUUGCCAAAACCUCAUGCAACACCAGUUUAACGACAGUGACACAGCACAAUACAACCAGUGUACAACCUUCUCUAAGAUCUGUUGCUUCCAUUUUCACAACUCCCAUGCAGCUAUUUCACGGUGCCGAUGGGAGUGAUUUAUUGGGAGUAAAAUUAAAGUAAAAAUCAGUCAAUCCAAAGCAAUGUUAGCACCAGCGAUAGGGUGGACUAUAGGAGACAGUAAUCGGAAAAGCAAAAAAAAGAAGAAUGGGUUAUGCCUUUGUAAAUAGUAAAUGUGUGGAAACGCCCAAUGUCGCUAAGAUGAAGGAUCAUAGAUCGUAUCAUGGACUGAUUAAUAGUUUUGAACUUAGAUUAAACUCUCAGAGACAUGAAGUCCCCAGUGUACACAUUUCAGGUUUUGCUUCUCUCAACUGUGCGACUCAGAAUCUCCUGAUGGAAGAUAUGAAUGAAUGUAAAAACCAUGGAUUGUACCAUUUAUAAUUUCUGAUUGUUUGGUUUCAUUUUGUUUUGUUUUAACAGACAUAAAAUGCACUUGUAUAUAAGCCAUACCUGUUGUUAAAAUAAACCACUAUUUAUUGAUCAA